CACGCAUCACUAAACCCAAAAAUGGUAGGGGAGGAGGACGCGGCGGCCUGGGUGAAUGCCGUCCUUGCGGAGGCGGCGGCCGACGGCGGCACGGUCGACUCGCGCAUCGCCUCGGUCUCGCUCAAGCUGCAGACGAUGAGCGCGGACCUUCACGCGGACGUCGACGCGGACAUGCGCGCGCUGCUGGCGGCGGCGCCGCGCGCGGUCGGCGAGAUCGAGGACCUGCAGGCGGCGCUCCAGCGCGUCCAGGACGAGCUCGCGGCCGUGGACGCGCGCGUGGCGCGCGCGGUGCGCAACGCGACCGAGGCGGCCACGCUCGAGGAGCUCGACCGGCUGCGCGAGCACCUCGAGGCCGUGGGCGCGACGCUCGUCGAGGCGGCGUCGUGGCAGGCGGCGUCGCGCGCGGCGGCGGACGCGCUGGGCGCGUUCCUCGCGGACCGCGGCGCGGCCGACUGGGCGCCGGCGGCCGGCGGCGUCGCGGAGAAGCUCGAGAAGAUGGAGCGGGCCGAGAAGGUGCUAAGGACGCUGCCCGAGGCCGACGCGCGGCGCGCGGCCGUCGACCGCGUGCGCGAGGACCUCGAGCGCGCGCUCGCGCCGCGGCUCGAGGCCGUGCUCCGCGCCGGCGAGGCCGACAAGCUGCCGGGCCUCUACGCCCUCUACGAGCGCCUCGGCCUCGGCGACGCCUUCCGGCGCACCUACGCGGAAGCGCGCCCCUUCGCGGCCCGAAAUGUGUGGUUCGCGGGCGACGGCGGCGGCGCGCUCGCGCCCCGGCUGGCGGCGUUCCUCGACGCGCUGCUCGCGGAGGCGAUCGCGGAGCGCGCGGCGUGCGAGCGGUGGGCCGCCGCGGACCGGGCGGCGGAGGUCGCGGCGCGCGUCGCGCGCGCGGCGUGCGCGCCGCUCGCGCCGUCGCUCGCCGAGGCGCUGCGCGGCGCGGCGGCGGCGAGCCUCGACGACUGCGCGGCGUGCGCCGACGCCUGCGAGCGCUUCGUCGUGGACCUGGCGCGGGGCCUGGGCCUCGACGCGGGCGGCGCGCUCGUGCUCGACGCGGGCCACGCGCUCGUCGACGCCUUCGCCUUCUUCGCGGCGCCGGCGCCGGCGGCGCCGGGCGCGCAGACGACGACGCUCUACGGCGCGCUCGAGGGCGCGGCGCUCGCGCGCGCCGCGGCCGCGGACGCGGCCGCGUGCCGCGACGCCGGCGCGGACACGGACAGCGACGCGGCCGCCUUCCGGGCGACGGUCGCGGCGGCGCGGCGCUGCGCGGCGCGGGCCGGCGGCGUCGGGGAUGCCGCGCUGCGGCGCUGCGCGGCGCUGACGGGCGGCGCCGCCGCGCGCGACUGCGCGGCGGCCGUCCGCGCGGCGCGCGUCGCGAGCUGCCGCGGCCUCGCGCGGCUCUUCGCCGACUGCCGCGAGGCGCUCGUGCCCGCGGCGAGCGGCCUGCCGCGCGACCCGUCGCUGCUGAGCGACUGCUGGGCGCACGCGCGCGAGGCGGUCUACGCGCUCGACGUCGCCGGCGUCCUGGCGCGCGACGCGCGCGCCUGGCCCGACGCGGCCCAGCGCGCCUUCGACGCCUGGCGCGCGGACGGCGCCGACGCGCCGCCGGCCGCCGCGGGCCUCGCGCCGCCGCCGCCGCUGCCGCCCGUGGCGCGCCGCGCCGCGCGCCGCGCCGGCGCCGGCGCGGCUGCGGCGCCGCCGCGCGUCGUCGCGGAGUCGCCCUUCGCGCGCGUCGCCGUGGACCGCGCCCUGGACGCCGUCGCGGCCGAGGCGUGCGCGCUCGCGUUCGAGUGCGCGUUCGCGCCGGUGCGCCGCGCGCUGCGCGCCUACUCGGCGACGCGCGCGGCGCCCGACCCGCCGGGCGCCACGACCUACUGCCGGCCCGUCGCCUGGGCCGCGGGCGCCGCCGCCGCGCCGCCGCCGCCGCCGACCGACGUCGCGACGUUCGUCGGCGAGCACCUCAUGUCGGCGCUGCGGCACCUCGAGCCCUUCCUCGAGUCGCCGGCGGCGCGGACGGCGUCGCUGCUGCGCCUCGAGGCGCUCGGCCGCCUCACGGACCAGCGCGAGUGGGCCGGCGUCGCCGCCGCGCCGGGCCUCGACGCGGGCGACCGCCGCGCGCUCGUCGCGCUGGGCGGCGCCGUCGCCGACGAGGACGGCGGUGCGGCGCCGGCGCCGGCGGACGCCGACGCGGCGACGCGCUUCUGCGCGGCGUGGCUGGCCGUGCUCGUCCGCGCGACGGCCGCGGCCGUCGUCGACGAGGCGCUGCGGGUGCGCGCGCUGGACGCGGGCGGCUUCGCGCAGCUGGCCGCCGACGCCGCCUACCUGCUGAACGUGGCCCGCGCGCUCAACGCGCCGCGGCCCGCCGCGCUGGCGCGGCUCGCGACCAUCGCGGCCGCGGCCGCGGCCGGCGAGGCCUCGAAUCCGCUCGGCGGGUCGUCGGGCUCCGUCGAAUCCCUCCUCGCGAAGAUCGAAGCCGUGCUCGUGGCGAAGGGGUCCGCCGCCGACGAGGAGGAGUGGGAGGUGGUCCCUGCCGCGGCUGGUGAAGUCGCGCCGGCAGACGUGCCGGUAGACGUGCCGGCAGCGGCGGGCGCGGAGUAA